AUGCGUUUCUACUCGAUCCUUUUCGCGAUGCUAUGUGUGGUUGUGACCCAAGUUUGGGGAAGACCCUAUGUAAACGCACACAAGAGAGAUUUGCCAAUGAUGAUCCACAAGAGAGAAUUUGAUCUGCCGAUGAUGAUCCACAAGAGAGAAGCUGAUCUGCCAAUGAUGAUCCACAAGAGAGAAUUUGAUCUGCCCAUGAUGAUCCACAAGAGAGAAGCUGAUCUGCCAAUGAUGAUCCACAAGAGAGAAUUUGAUCUGCCAAUGAUGAUCCACAAGAGAGAAGCUGAUCUGCCCAUGAUGAUCCACAAGAGAGAAUUUGAUCUGCCAAUGAUGAUCCACAAGAGAGAAUUUGAUCUGCCAAUGAUGAUUCAU